UAACCGACUUAAUUCAAUGCAGAUCAAGUUUAAUUAUCUCAUUUUGUACCUAUUACAUUAUUGAGCAAUGGGUGAAAACUACAUUUUUUAUGAAGUAAUAUUGCUCUUCAAUUAAUAGAAAUUAGCGAUAUCUGUCCAUUUUUCGUUCAAUAAAUACAUAUCACGGGCAAUAAAGGUCACAACGGUAUUUCUGCCUGUAGCAACAAAAUGUGGUCUUGUAUGUGUUUGCAAUUAGCAGCAACUCAUCAACUAGUCCGCGCUCUACAUCUAGCAAAUUUAAAUUUUGCCGUUAAAAUUAUCACCAUUUCAAAUUAGUAGCAUUUACUUAGGCUCAAGAACAAUAUUGUCCAGCCAUGAGGCUUUUGGUCAUUUUCAUAUUGUUAUGUUCAGUCAUCAGUGGAAUUCGAGUCCCGGGAGAAAAUCAGAACGUACAAAUACGUGAUACGAGUCAGCAACUCCUUUCGAGGAAAAAGAGAUGGCUGGUGUAUAAAGAGGGUACAAAUUGGGUUUCGGUGAUUUUUGGCAUCGGAAUUCCAGUACCGCUGCAAUUUCAAAGUUUAACUUUGGGCAUGGUUAUGAAAGCUUUUUAUCUACUGCCAACCAACAGCACCUACUAUACUCACCCUACUAUAAGCACCAUAAGAAGGAAAAGAUCUGCUACACGAUGGAAGAUUUAUGAGAUAAUUGAAAAUUAUCUGGAAAGGAACAAAUAUCCAGAUGGUAAAGCGUGCCUCUUAAAAUCGAUAUGUGAGGUUUCCGCUGUUCCGCUAGAGCAAAAUACUGGGUUAAUAGCAGAAAUUUUUCACAGCAUACUUACCCCUUCUUCAACUGACGACGAAAUAGAAAACCAUAUUCAUAACGAAUACCAUGCAGCUGAAAAAAUAGGAAAAGAAGUUAAAAAUUGCGCUCAUAUAUUUCCUGAAUGCCCAAUCGAUCCUGUGCAGCAGUUUUCAAAGUUCAUGACAGUCAAUAAAUUUGUGCAUUGAAAACGGGCGAACAUUAACUUGAAAUAAAUUAAAUAAUUUUUAAUAUUUAUCGUUAUUAUAUUAAUUUUAUAGAAGAUUGUAUUUGAAACUGUGAAAUUGUUUAGCGAACAUAAAGAAUGCUUAGAAAUGUUGAA